AGGAGUCAAGCGAGGGAAGGAGCAGCUGGAGAUCCACACUUCGCCCUCUCCCUCUCUUCUCCUCGGAAAAAAAGCGCUCCAAAUGUAAUAACAAACUCUCCAUGCGCUUCUCUCACGCUCCUGUCGGUUUUUACGCACGUCUGCGGUCUGCUAUCGGCAGAUAUCAUCGGCGGGCUGAUGGUGUUGGUCCGGCGGUGGUUGACAAACACAGCAAACUGUGAGAAGGAGGAGAAAGACAAGCAGGAGGAAAAACUCUGGCUGCGCCGCUUUGGAGUUGGAGCGUAAAGAGAAAAAAAAAAGUCCCACAGGCAACUCCAGAAGCACAUCUGCAACUUAGGAGCAAGAGGAGAAGAAGAAGAAGAAGAAGAAGAGAGAGAGAGAGAGAAGACAAAUCACCUCUUUUUCUGAGAAGAUUUAAAAAGAGAAUUACACCCACAGAAAGAAUUACCUCGUCUCCAUGAGUUGUUGAGGAAUGAGCGAUCGCCAUGGAAAACCAGUCGCAGGCCAGUUCAGCAGCUGAGAAGAAGAAGAGAGUUGAGACCAUUGUGGCGACCAAGGGCUCAUCAUUGCGCAAUGACAUCAGCGAGAAGGCCGUGGCUUCCAGUACCACCUCAAACGAAGACGACAGUUCAGGUACACCCUACCACCGUGAGAGGCGCAAUGCCAUCAGCUCUCAGGCGCCAGCCAACGAGGAGCCCUCCACCUCCACAGAGGAACGCCCAUCGCUGCUCAAGAAGGAGCUGCAUGGUUCCCUGCCCCACCUGGCUGACCACGCCCUGCCCUACAGAGGAACUCUGUUCGCCAUGGACCCCCGCAAUGGCUACCUAGAGUCGCACUAUCCUGCGCCACAGUUCUUCCCUACCUUCCAUCCUCCUGUGCCCAUUGACGACAGACAUGCCCAGGGACGUUACAUCUACGAGCCCUCCCCUGUGCCCCCUCUUCACGUGUAA